CUUGUGGGAGAGUCACGCAGGGCGUGAUGGGGCGCGGCUUGGGGACCCACCAUGUGAGAUGGAGCACGCUGUGGGGACAUACUGAGCGUGAGGAGGAGGCACAUGAAGGGGACACCAAGUCCCCGCGGCGGCAAGUGUGUGUGUGUGUGACCGGCAUGUGGAGGGGAAGCACAGACCCUGAUGGGGCACGUGACACACUGAGGGACACACCGAGCGCGUUGGGGCGCGGAGCUUAGUGGGAGAUUGGGCGGUGGCUCGCGGAGGCUGCUGGGCGAGCUGGAGCGCCUGGCGGCGGCUGCAGGAUCCUAAGGAGACGUUUAGGCACAGACAGGCCUUUAAAGCCAAAAUGCCCAGUUCAUGAGAAAAUAAGACCACGUCCCUCACAUUUCCCGUCACUAAAUCUACGGAUCUGGACGUUACCCCUGAGGACGUGCAAAGCACGGAUGACCCCGACCGCGGCCCUGCGGCUGGUUCCCCGGAUCCUUCGUUGCCUGCCUGCUCCAGGACUGAGAGGUCGCCCCCUCUUCCGCAGCAACCUUGCGUUGACUACUGGGUCAGUGCAGGAAAACUUUCCACAAGAGUUGUUUGGAAGGCUUUCUCAAUGAUUUUGUACCCAACUCCAUUUUCUCUUCAACACCGCUUGUUCCUGCUCAGUGUCACCAACAGUGCUCUGAAUGCCACAAUCCACAAGACACCUCUGUCCUCAGAUUACUGCAGUCUUGUCAGCGUCUGAUGAAGCUGACCUCUCCUUAACAUUUUUCUCUUUUGUAUUUGUUUCCUACUGUUGUCAUAAUCAAUUACCAGAAAAUUAGCUGUUAAGAGCAACAGGUAUAUAUGAUCUCAGCUAUUUGUCAUCAGUUUUGGAGGUUAGAAAUCUGACGCUAGUCUCGCUGGAUUAAAAUCAAGGCCUUAGCCUUAAUAGAGGCUCUGGGGAAGAACCUGAAGCCCAUUCAUGUUGCCAGGCACUGUGGAUGGCGUGGCAGGUGAGCGUGCCCGAGCUGGAGGACCGGCUUCAGUGCCCCAUCUGCCUGGAGGUCUUCAAGGAGCCCAUGAUGCUGCAGUGUGGCCACUCCUACUGCAAGGGCUGCCUGGUGUCCCUGUCCCGCCACCUGGACUCAGAGCUCCGCUGCCCAGUGUGCCAACAGGAGGUGGAUAGCAGCAGCUCCCCGCCCAAUGUCUCCCUGGCACGGGUGAUUGAAGCCCUUCAGUUUCCUGGGGAUCCAGAGCCCAAGGUCUGUGAGCACCACCGGAAUCCGCUCAGCCUCUUCUGUGAGAGGGACCAGGAGCUCAUCUGCGGCCUCUGUGGCCUGCUGGGCUCCCACCAGCACCAUCGUGUCACACCGGCUUCCACUGUCUAUAGCCGCAUGAAGGAAUGUUCAUGCCUAGAGCCAUGCUUAGCAUAUAGUAAAAGCUUAAAAGCGUAUUUGCAAAAACCGUGUAUUCCUGGUCUCAUGGAUUUUUGCCUCAGAUCUAGCAGAUCAUCAUUUAAGGAGGAGCUAGCGGCUCUCAUCUCUGACCUGAAGCGGGAGCAGAAGAAGGUGGAUGAGCAUAUUGCCAAACUGGUGAACAAUAGGACCCGGAUUGUUAAUGAAUCUGAUGUCUUCAGCUGGGUGAUUCGCCGUGAGUUCCAGGAGCUGCACCACUUGGUGGAUGAGGAGAAGGCCCGCUGCCUGGAAGGGUUGGAGGGUCAUACCCGUGGCCUCGUGGCCUCCCUGGAUAUGCAGCUGGAGCAGGCUCAGGGCACUCAGGAGCGGCUGGUCCAGGCUGAGCGUGUGCUGGAGCAGUUCAGUAAUGAGAAUUACCACAAGUUCAUCCAGAAUUAUCACUCCAUGGUCUCCAGCACAGAGCUCCAGCAGGCCCGGCCUUUGGAAGGCACCUUCAGCCCCAUCUCCUUCAAGCCAGGCCUCCACCAGGCGGACAUCAAGCUGACCGUGUGGAAAAGGCUCUUCCGCAAAGUUCUGCCAGCCCCGGAGUCCCUCAAGCUAGACCCUGCCACGGCCCACCCCCUCCUGGAGCUCUCCAAGGGCAACACAGUGGUGCAGUGUGGGCUUCUGGCCCAGCGGCGUGCCAGCCAACCUGAGCGCUUUGACUACAGUACCUGUGUCCUGGCCAACCAGGGCUUCUCCUGCGGUCGUCACUACUGGGAGGUGGUGGUGGGCAACAAGAGCGACUGGCGCCUGGGAGUCAUCAAGGGCACUGCCAGUCGCAAGGGCAAGCUGAGCAAGUCCCCAGAGAACGGCAUGUGGCUCAUCGGCCUGAAGGAGGGCCGGGUGUAUGAGGCCUUCAGCUGCCCUCGGGUGCCCCUGCCUGUGGCUGGUCACCCCCACCGUAUCGGUGUCUACUUGCACUAUGAGCAAGGAGAGCUCACUUUCUUCGAUGCUGACCGCCCCGAUGACCUGCGGCUACUCUACACAUUCCAGGCUGACUUCCAGGGCAAGCUCUACCCCAUCCUGGACACGUGCUGGCACGAGAGGGGCAGCAACACACUGCCUAUGGUGCUGUCCCCGCCCAGCGGGCCUGUCCACCUCACCCCUCCGCAGCCCACCAAGCUGUAGGGUUGCUGGUGAGUCUGCCUGCCUACAGGCUCUUCCAGCAGGGGCUCUGCUGGGUUCAGCCAGCAGAGAUGAUGACGUCCUUUACUCUUUGGGAAGGUCUUCAUGCCUGUAUAUUCCUGGAAACAUUUAAUGAUAAGAAGAAAAGGACCAUAAUCCCUUCCCUAUCAGCCAGGCGUGUAUUUAUUAACCUUUUGCUGGUCAUUCACCUGCUUAUGAACCAGCAGAACCAGGCCUUAGUGUCCUUGGGUUAAGAUAGACUUCCCUUGAUCCCUCCUAACCAUGCUUUCUGCUUGCUCUUUUAACAAAAGGUGGAAACAUUCCCAUGUAUAUUUUCUGUCAACGUGAACUUAAGAAUAAUAAAUUUGACAUGAUCUUUCUCUUUAUUAAA